AAAUCCAAAUAGAGACUUAAUCUGUCUAGCUCCAUGACGGUACAGAGAGGGGGUACUGUAAUUUUGAGAGUUACACCGAAAAUAGGCGAUUAAUGACUUUUCGUAACGAAUAUAUCGCGACACCGUAACGUGUGCCUUAUUCCGGCCUUAUGUUUAAAUGACUUUCAAUAACACAUCAAAAAUAAUUUAAAUCAAACCAUAACCUAUUAACUAUAAGAAAAGCCACUUGUAAAAAGUAAUUUAUAAGGAAAUUACCAGGUGCUCGUGGAACGUUAACCAUUCGAUUUGCAUGCUCCUCAUCAUCUUCAGCGACGUUGCUACCGUCUUCGUACUACAAUCACAAGAGAGGAUCUAUGUUUAUCUCUGAGGAAGUGACAUGAUAUGAAAUUAAGAUGCUUUAGCCAGGCCCAAACCAUUCGCAGUUGGCAGCCCAGAUCUGAGUGCAGGAUCGAAAGCAAAGGUCGGACCGAUCGGCCAGUCCCAGUUACCUGGGAAAAACGUAUUGGCCGCCUCCCGGAGAACUUGCUUCGAAUGUUUAAGAUGGACGCCGCGGACUUCUGGCAGCAGGCGCGAGCCCCAUUCGGCCUGCAAACGACGCUUCAUCAGUACAACUCGCCCCCGAACCAACAGCAAGCUGCCCAUCACACCCUGCACCACUCCAUGCCGCAGGAGCACGAGCUCCUGGCCGACGUCCACCCAGGAGGCCCAGUCCCCGGCUCCGGUCCAGUGAACAGCAGCAACCCCCUCGCCCCGCUGAGCAACAAGGUCGAGUCCAGCCACAUCCUGCAGCAGCACUCGGAGCAGCAGUCCUACGGCGACUCCUUCCGGGGCACGCAGUCGCCCCAGCUGAGCAGCCAUCACCUGCUGUUCAACGCGGCCGCAGCAGCCGCCGCGGCUGCCCACCUCAAGUCCACGGCCAUGCAAAACAACCUCUCCCCGAUGGGAGACCAGGCGCAGGGGGCCCUCCGCACCUACGGCCACAGCUCCCUGAACGCCCUCUGCGGGAUCAAGCCCAAGCAGGAAAUGGACGCCAAGCCACUGGACGACGGCCGCCAGCCGCUGGCGCAGGCGCAGGCGCAGCCCCAGCCCUCCUACGCCGGGGACUUCUACGACGUGGGCGAGGCGCCUGCGACGGAGGCCGCCGAAGCCGAGGGCCGUGUCCUGGCCAUGGGAUCCGCCGACGAGUCCUUGUCCACUCCGCAGGCCCAGCAGCAGGCGAUGGGAGGAAGGGGCCUGCAGACGCCGCAGGGAAAGCCAAUGUCCCCGCGGAUAGGUGGCAGUUCGAGCUCGGGAACAGGAACAGGAACGGGAACGGGAGCAGGACCCAGGCCUGGACCAACGAUGAGCAACAAGACCUUGUCGCUGGGCCAGCAGUCUCCUCAGCACUCCUCGACGCCUUCCGGCGGCAGCACGACGCCCGACAUUAAAUUCAACAACGACAAAAUGGCCAGUGAAAUUCAGCUUCAGCUUUCCCGGUCGAGCAGCGCAGCCGCGAUCAGUGAACGCACCCUUGAAGAAUGUUGGUCAACCCUGCAACGACUCUUCAUGCACAAAAGCGCGAUGCAGCAAAUACAGCAGCAGAUUCCCCGCGUCGGCCUAGGAACCCACGGCGUGGCCGGCUCGGCCGCCUUGGGCGGCAGCAUCACGCCUGGCUCGGACACCAAGCCGCACCAGUGCCAGCAGUGCAUGAAGAGCUUCUCCAGUAACCACCAGCUCGUGCAGCACAUCCGCGUGCACACCGGAGAGAAGCCCUACAAGUGCUCCUACUGUGAUCGUAGAUUUAAGCAGCUGUCGCAUGUCCAGCAGCACACGCGCUUGCACACAGGAGAAAGACCCUACAAAUGCCACUUGCCAGACUGCGGUCGAGCGUUCAUACAGCUCUCGAACCUGCAGCAACAUCUACGAAACCACGACGCUCAGGUGGAACGUGCGAAAAAUCGUCCGUUCCACUGCAACAUUUGUGGAAAGGGAUUCGCCACAGAGUCCAGCCUGCGCACACACACAUCGAAAGAGCUACAGCUGCAUCUUGGUGUCUUGCAGCAGCACGCCGCACUAAUAGGUGGUCCAAACGCCACGUCUUGUCCUGUGUGCCAUAAACUCUUCCUCGGCACCGAGGCUCUUGUGGACCACAUGAAGCACGUGCAUAAGGAAAAGAGCCCUACUCCCAGUGGACCAGCCUCAUCUCAAUUUAGCGAGCUAAAUCAAGGAGCUACGGGCAGUGGUAACGGAAAUGGAACUGGAAUUGGCAACGAACAGAUCUCUACACAGUGCACAUCUGAGUCAAACUGCGCACAAAGCUCCCAUCAGGCAACUACUGGAGGCUCCAACUUAAUAGACAGCUAUUUAGGCAAACGAAGAACAGCCAACCAUCCCUGUCCAGUGUGCGGCAAACAUUAUGUCAACGAGGGAUCUCUAAGAAAACAUCUACAAUGCCACGCCGAGACCUCCCAGCUUACAAACAGCCUGCGAAUGUGGCCUUGUAGUGUUUGCCAGGCAGUCUUUACUCAUGAAAAUGGCCUUCUUACUCACAUGGAGUCAAUGCGCAUGGAUCCGAAACAUCAAUUUGCGGCUCAGUACGUUUUGUCUCGAGCGGCUGCAGAACAGCGAGAGCGCGAGUCCCUUUUAGCGGUAACCUUAGCUGCCAACAGUGGCACUGGCGGCAGAAUUGGAAUUCCAGAUGCCGGGAUCGUCCUACCUUUAGGGACUCACAACUCGGAGGGAUCCAACUCAAAGUGCCCAUCCCCUUCGGCAAACUCCGAAUGCUCUUCCAAUGGACGUCUUACUUCGUCGACGACGUCUGAUCAAGACCAGGACAUCGAUCAUGGCUUGAGUGAGAAUGAGAAUAGCAACCAGCACAACACCAGCAGCAGUACCAACAACAACAACAAUUGCACAAACAACAACAACUCCAACAAAAUGAGCGAGUUGCGACUUCCGAGCUCAGGUCAAUACACGAUGGACACGGAUAUGCACGUCGCCAACAGGAUGUCGUUGAUGGCCGCGGCUGCGGCGGCCGUUGCUGCAUCACGACCCCAGGACGGAGUCGACAAUUCAGCAGUUCCGAGCGCUGCGGUUCAAGCCGCUGUGGUUAAUCUGGCCGCUGCCAUGCGGAUGAACAAUCCCAGCAACGGCCCUACAGCCUACCAACAGCAUCAUGGCGAUCAUACUCAGUCGCAUCAUUCACAUCCGCACUUAAACCCCCAUCAUCAUCAACAGCAGCAGGCUCCUCAACACCAGCAGCAACAAUUGUCCCAUUUGCUGGUGCAUACCCACCACAGCAACAGCAACUCCCGCUCACAACGGUCGCCAAAUUUAAAUGUACCAAGUUUGCAAAACGAAUCAUCUGCCGCCGCAUCGAUUGCAAUGAACAUGAACGUGCAUAUGAUGCGCGGUUCCCUUGAGCCAGACCCGUGUGUGGGUGGAAUGCGUCCAAUAGAAGUUCUCCACCAACAACAGCAGCAGCACCACCACCACCAGUCGUCCAACUAUUCACAGCAUGCGGUGGCCCCCACCACCCAGCAGGCGCAUCCGCACCCCCAUGCGCUUCACACAUCCCACCACCAUCCGGAUCCGGAGACAGCGCUCCGCAUGCACCAGGCUGAAGCGAUCUUGCGCUCCCACACCGAAGCAGCGUUCCGAUUGGCCACCGGCACUAUUCCCGGCUCUGGAGUAAAGAGCGAGGCGGAUCAGCAGCAGCUUAGUAGCCACGACAAUGGUAGUGGCACUGCCAGCAGCAAUGACCAACAGCAUCGAUUCCACUCGCAUCAGCAAGAGCACCAACUGCCAUCGAGCUCGUGAAGUUUGGUAAUGGAAUCCGGUAGGGCAGGUGUGGAUUGAUGUUGGAGAUACAAAAUCAAGUACAACGAUUUCCCUAUUGCGUCGAUUUCAGUUGAAACUAUAGGAUUUAAUACAUAUAAAUGCGUAAGCCUCUAUAAAUAAAUUAAUUUAUGGAAAAGGCGUUGAUGUAAAUGAGAUUAUGUUUGUAUGUAAGUUUAAAUAUACAACUACGCUCUAAGUUAUAAAAACGAUCCCAUUCAUUGUGCAAUAUUAUAAACUAACGUCAAUGUCGGCAGAUAAAUAUAUGUAAAAACUUUCGUGUUAUGUUUACGUUUAUUAUAAGAGUAAAGACAAAAGCGCGAAAAUCA